GAAUGUUGAUGUUAAAAAUUCUCAUCACGCAGACACACACCUGCACCUGCAUAAUAGCAACCCCCACCCACAUCAAGAGGGAAGGGUACGUUCCACCGGCAUCCAUAGGAACCGCAACCAUCCAUGGGCGCCAAAUGGCAACCCAUUCAUUAAAUUACCUGGUAUCUGAUGCGCCUGCAUUGCAGCUCCGAGGCGAGUCUCUGAAAAGUGCAGAAAAAAUGGCACUUCCAGCAGCACCAUUUACUGUUGGGCGGCAACUGACGAGGCGGCCAAUAAGAUCAGCAACAGGCACUAGGUCCAAAUGGCAGCUCGUCCAUCAACAAAGCUGUCAAUGUUCUUUGUGCCAACAGCAAAUAUUUUUACAUGAAAAGACAAUGCUGGAUGACAACCAUAUACGACUUGAUCUGAAGAACAUUGUGCCUGCCAUUUUUUUAGUGCAAGUCAGGGACCUCUUAAUUGGUACUAUAUGUCAAGCUUCUUAUGAAAAUAUUUAUGUUAACAUCCACACCCAGAAUAAGGAAGAGUAGUGCGCAGUAGGCGAGCAACUACCACGAAAAUGACCUGUGCCAGCAGAGCUAGAUAGUGACCUUUUGGAACUAGUGACUAGUGAGACCUGGGAUGUUAUCAUGAUACUGUCUACUGUAUGGUGCUGAUUAUUAGAUACUGUGAGAGGGAGACGAUCUUUGAUCGGUUGACCACUCGGGAGUCCAGGCACCACCGCGUCUCCGAGAUAAUCUUUCCAGCGAUCAAGCUCCAUCAACUCGGUAUCCUGUCUCUCCCCUCUGCAAGCUUAUCCCUGCAUCUCUUCAGUUGCUUACUAGCUUUCCAUGUAUGCAGUCUCCGUUACCGUUCAACUUCAAGCACCAUGGGUCCUGUCAGCCUCUUCUUCCUCAUACUUGCCACUGCAGCACCGUUGUUCUCCGCGGCACAAGGCUCUGGCUAUCCGACAGCCAACCUCUCGACGAUGUGGAUCAACAACGACACCUCCCUCCCGCACGUCCACUACAGAGGAGGUUUAGUUGUGCGCCCCAUUCUCCUCCGUUCACAAAGUAAAUACUAUAGCCAGUCCUUUGCCACGGGAUUCUUCUGUGCCCCACCUUGCGACAAGUUCUACUUUGCCGUGUUCAUUGUCCAAACCAACGCUGACACCCGUAUAGUUGAUGGGAAUCCACCGGUGGUCUGGUCGGCCAACCGGGCUCGUCCUGUCAGGGAGAAUGCCACCGUUGAGCUAACUUCGGAUGGAGAAUUGGUCCUUCGAGAUGCUGAUGGUAGCCUGGUCUGGUCGACCGGUACCUCACGGCGGUCGGUAGCUGGCAUGAUGAUCACCAACAUCGGCAAUCUGGUGCUGUUUGAUUUGAUGAAUGCAACUGUAUGGCAGUCAUUUGAUCAUCCUACCGACGCGUUGGUCCCUGGACAGUCACUUCUGGAGGGCAUGAGGCUCACAGCAAGUACAUCUGCAACAAAUUGGACAGAGAAUCAGUUUUAUGUCACUGUACGCGUGGAUGGUUUGUAUGCUUACAUUGCGUCCGCACCACCACAGAUCUACUAUAUGGCGGAAUCAAACGACAACAAGGAAGGAAAUGAUACAACAAAGGUUACAUUCAUGAAUGGCAGCCUCAGCAUCUUUGUCGACCCAAAAUAUCGAGAUAUGAAUAGCAUCUCAUUGCCAACAGCUAGGUCCACCCAGUUCAUGAGACUAGAGUCUAAUGGCCACCUUUGGAUGUAUGAAUGGAAUACUGGGGAAGAAACAUGGCCUGCUGUGUAUGAUGUAAUGAAGCCAAAAUUUGGUGAUUGUGGUUUCCCAACUGUGUGCGGGGAGUAUGGAAUAUGCACAGGCAGGAAGUGCACCUGUCCCCUUCAGGAUAACAAUAGUUCAGGCUACUUCAAGCCGAUUGGUGGCCCCGAAGAAAGUCUUGGUUGCACACCCCUGAACCCAAUCUCUUGUCAAGAAAUGCAGCAAUAUCGGCUCUUAACCCUUAACGAAGUUUCUUACUUUGAUUUGAGCGACCACAUUAUGAAUGAAACCAACCAAGAUGAUUGUAAACAAGCCUGCUUGAAAAACUGCUCCUGCAGGGCCGUCACCUUCAGGUUUUACCAGAAUGAAACCGAAGGUUAUUGCCGGUGGGUGACCAAGGUCUUCUCCUUGCAAUCAAUAAAAUUUGAACCUCUUGAUUACAACAACUCUGUUUUCAUCAAGGUGCAGCUUGGCCCUUCCAACUCAGCUGCUGCAAACAACAGCAACCUCAUUUUAGGCACUACAAUCCCAGCUAUUAUUAUUGUUGUAUUACUUGCUAUUGCUGUCACCCUUUAUUUACACAGGAGAGCAUAUUAUGACAAGAAAGAUGAAGACUUCAAUUUUGAUCAAUUUGCUAGAAUGCCGGCCAGGUUCUCUUUUCAGAAGCUAAGAGAAUGCACUCAGGGGUUCAAUAAAAAACUUGGAGAAGGUGGAUUUGGAUCUGUUUAUGAAGGGAAAUUAGGUGAAGAGAGAGUUGCAGUGAAACGUUUGGAAAGUGCUAGACAAGGAAAGAAAGAAUUCUUGGCAGAGGUAGAGACAAUUGGAAGCAUCGAACACAUCAAUCUUGUCAGGCUGAUUGGCUUUUGUGCAGAGAAAUCUCAGAGGCUUCUAGUAUAUGAAUAUAUGCCAAGAGGGUCACUUGAUAGGUGGAUCCAUUACCGCCACAACAAUGCCCCACUCGAAUGGUGCACGCGGUGUAGAAUCAUUCUGGAUAUUGCCAAAGGCCUAUGCUAUCUUCACGAGGAGUGCAGGCGAAAGAUAGCUCAUUUGGACAUCAAACCGCAAAAUAUUCUCUUAGAUGAGAAGUUCAACGCCAAAGUGGCUGAUUUCGGGCUAUCUAAGUUAAUAGACAGGGAUCAAAGCAAGGUAAUGACGGUGAUGAGAGGCACGCCUGGGUAUCUGGCACCUGAAUGGUUAACCUCGCAAAUCACUGAGAAAGUUGAUGUCUACAGCUUUGGAGUUGUUGUCAUGGAACUAAUAAGUGGGAGAAAAAAUAUUGAUAAUUCUCUGCCUGAGGCGAGUUCCAACCUCAUCAAUUUGUUACGAGGAAAGGCUCGAGAUAAUCAAUUGAGUGAUCUGAUUGACAAGCAUAGUGAAGACAUGCUCUCACACCAGGAGCAAGUGAUUCAAAUGAUGAAGCUUGCAAUGUGGUGCUUGCUAAAUGAUGGCUGUCAAAGGCCUUCCAUGUCAACGGUGAUCAAGGUACUGGAGGGUGUGACAAGCAUAGAAAGUGCAAUUCUUAACAGAUUUAUCGAUGCAAAUUCAGUCAUGCCUGUUCAAGAUAAUAUAUCCGCAUAUUCAGUUCAGCCUCAAGCAUCAACCUUAUCGGGACCAAGGUGA